AUGUAUACCAUUAUUUAUAUGAUUAUUUUUUUCAUUCUGGGAGAGCAUCUCACCAUAACAAAUGCUCAAACUUAUGACAAUAACACUGUUUCAUCAGAAUAUUCAGAAGGACAAGAUAUAUCUUUAAUGGAAAUUAUUCGUUCUGGAAAUUUUAAUUUUUGGGAAUAUUGGCAACAUAAUGUAGCAGAAGGCCUUAUUAUUAUAACUGCUAUCUGGAGUUAUUUUAUUACAUUAUGCUGUACUUGCGUAAAUCGAAGCCUUAAGUUAGGAAAACUGAUAUUCAGUUUAAGUAAUGCUAUACUUGGCUGUUCUACUACCAUUCUUUUGCUAUCACAUAUACACAAUAGUGAUAAAGUCUUUUUCGAUGUUUGUAUUAGUGCUAAUAUUAUAAUAUUUUUGGUUACAUUUGCUGUAGUAUAUUUGAUCUUAAAUGAUGAACGUGAAGUUUUAGCACUUAGUCUUAUUACAGCACCGGCAAUAGUAACAUUGGUUGGUGUGCAUCCUGAUAAGGAAAAAGAUAAAACAACACUUUCAUUUUUUUGGUAUUUGAUGGUGACUAGUGAUAAUAUCAAUAUAAUGAUGUGA